UUUUUUAUCUUUAUUUAUUUAUUUAUUUUUUUAUUAUUAUUUUUUUGUGUGCCUGGGGUGCAGGGGAACUAUGGUGGAUUGACAAGACAGAUCCUAUUGUCUACCCUUACUUCAUGAAGGUUCAGACCAUCUUUAUUUUCCCACGUCCUGCAGUUAAUCCCUAUAAAGAAAAAAAAACCUGCUGAAAACAAACAUUCAGUGGGCUGAUUGUACCCGUGAGUUAAAGCUUUUUGAAAGUCAAAAAGAAUGCCUCUUAAUCAUUGAUGAAAUUAAUAUUCCUGUGUAAAUUAAUGCCUCCAUAUUGGGUACACAAAGUUUUCCCUCAUCCCAAAUGACAAAUAUUUCAAUCAUCAUUUGAGGCCUGUUCUCCAACCUAAUUCAUGGAGUCCCAGAAGAAUUUCAGCGCUAACCUGGACUUGGCACUGAAUGGAUCCUUGGAGUCGGAGAAGGAAAACCUUAGUGAUUCUCUGAGUAAAAGACAGGCCACAGCGGUCAGCCUGGUUCCAGGUCAAAAGCUGAUCAAGGAAUUCCGCGUAACUGAUGCGUGCACACCAGUUUUACCAACCAAAUUAGCUGGUCCUGCUGAAGAUCUCACCUGGGGCCCAACAUGUAACAUGGGAGGUCCUACUUUUAGGGAAGUUGUGGGAGCAGCAGGUCAGGGAAACCUACUGUGGAUUUUAAUCCCAAUUUUGGCCAUCACCCUGCUCCUGCUGCUUGGUGCUUGCGCAGUUUGCGUGCUCAUGCGCCAGAAAAAAUCAUCCACUGCCCCUAGAAGCACUCCCCCGCCGUCGGGCCAAACGGUUUUAGCUCAGCCACAUAAUGUGUCCAAGACCCAGGUUAUUCAGGAACCCACCCAGCGGACCUCAUUGGCAACCAGUCAGGGUGUUGCCCCCUUUGGAAAUGUGGUUGCUAGCAAUGUACCCUAUGUAGUUCAAGGGCAAACUGUGCGUAAUGUUACCAGAUCUUCAUCCGGUGUGAUCCCCGAAGAUGUCGAAGGAGGAGGAGGUGGACGUGAAGGAUCUAUUUUGGACUUGGAGCGGAGCCGGAGCCCGGAGCCUGGAGCCCGGAGCAGAGCAAUUUUAGCCGGAGCGGAGCGGAGCCCGGAGCAGGCAAAAUUUUUGGCUGCUCCGGGCUCCAAGCCUCAAAUAAAAUUUGAAAAAUUUGGGGAGAACCCCCAGACAUAUGUGACUGUUUGGCUGGCACCAGUCAACAAAACUACCUCCCUCCAAGGCAGCCAAGUCCUCAAACCCUGA